UGUUGGUGGUAAUGUACCCCCAUGAGAAGAAAACCCUCUUCUUGGAUCCACUUGGAGAAGGGAAAGGCAAAACGAAGGUGUGCCUGCAGUCUACAAGAGCCUUUAUGAGGAUGAAAGGCUGCAAGGUGUCAAGAUGGACAUGCAGCACCCUCCCCCAUAAUCGCCAACAAGACAGCACAUCCUGUGGUGUCCUGGCCUUAAAAUUUGCAGAGAAGAUUUUACUGGGGGAGUCAAUUGAGUUUGAAACCUCACAGAAGGCAGUGCACGAGCUGAGGCUGGACAUUGCUACUUCUCUCCUCAGAGAAUCUGAUGAUCUAAGCAGGCUUUGCUUUUACUGCGGGAUGGAGGAGCAGGAUGAAGAACAUUGGAUUUGCUGUGACAUUUGUCAGCAGUGGUACCACCACCAAUGUGUACAAAGGCCGCCAGUUGAUCAACCGUACUUGUGCCCUGGAUGCACAUAAUGCCCCGAAGGAACCAUCAUUAACU